AUGCGUCUCUACGUUGCUGCGCUGGUUGCUGUUGCCACCAUUCUGGCCUCCGCCACCGCUGAGGUCGACUCGAAGACGGCGCUGGCGGCUGAAGUCCCAGCAGCAAUUCGUUCGCUCGAGAGUGACACCCCAGCAUCGAGGCUUCUACGAACUGGUACCGUCACCAGCGCGGACAACGAGGAUAGAGGUUUCACGGAGAGCGCCACGCUCCUCGUAUAUCCCUCGAGCCAGACUAAGCUGAAGCAGUUGCUGGAAACCGCCACGAACGCUGACGAUGCCUUCUCCUCCCUCAAGCUCAAUCUUAUCAGGCGCAAUCUGCUCAAGAAAUCCAACUUCAAGGUGUGGGUGAACUACGUCAACAACCGAGAGAUGAACCCGCAGGCGGUGGUGCUCGGGAAGCUGAAGUCGCAUUUUAAAAGUGAGGCUAAUUUGGCGGUAAUGCUCCAGAAGGCGACUCAGGUUGAGUCGACGCAGACGAUGGCCAAUGAGUUGCAGAUGGCGCAGUUCGCGCAGUGGGCCAAAGAAAGAUUGUUCGCGACUGACAUUAUCAAAAACGUCUUCAAGCUGGGCGAUGCCAAGUGGAGCGCUCUCCCGAUUACGGAUGCUCGCAGACAAGUGCGCAAGGCGUACAGCGCGUAUUUGGUCGAGACCAUGCCACCCUUUUACAAAUUACGGGGGGAAUAGAUAUUGUCGAAACUCUAGACAAUGCCUAUGAUAGCCGUGCGUCACACAUGAAGCUGAGAGCUCAUCGCCAUCAAAGUGAGUUCGCUUCUGUAAGUUUGAGAGGAACAGAAGCAUCGUCAAUAGUUUAUUCUUGAGCACGGAGGUUUGUAGAGGG